AGGAAUAGUUUCAUGCAUGUUUGUUUUCCCUUAACAGUUUAUGUUGCUUACCUGCACUUUGACCUGUUAGGAACCUCCUUUUCUCCUGCCCUGUGACUGUUUAUUGUUGUAUCUUCAUGACCCAUCUCAGAGGUGGCUGGAUCUCAGUUUCUGAGUCUCAGACUGUGGAGGUCCAGCGUGGACAAGAAGUCACUCUGCUGUGCUCCAACAUUUCCAGAACUCCAACUCAGACAGACUGGUUCAGACUGAUCAACAGAACCAAGCCCAGCUGUAUCUCCUCCAUGUACUGGUCUGAAAGCGAAGCUUCACCCUGUGAUGGAUUUCAAAAUGGAAGAUUUGAAAUGAGCUCCAAUGUCUCCACUGUCUUUCUUAAAAUCAAAAAAGUGGAUUUAUCUGACUCUGGAUUGUAUUUCUGUGGAUUUUACAUGGACAAACAUACAGUCAUUGCCAGUGCAACACAUUUAAAUGUUCCAGGUAGUGGUGACUCUGAUGAUGAAGUGGAUUUGAAGACUUUUGAAGAAAAAAAACCUGAUGGAAUGAGAAACCUAAUGAGUGUGAUCCUAUCUGGUCUGGCUGUUUUCCUCACUAUAGUCGUCAUUCUGGCUGUUAAAAUCAGGAAACUUCAGACAGCUGUGAAUGACAAACCACAUCCAGAAGGCAACAAGAAUCUGGACUCUGCUGCGCUGAGGUUCCUUCCAAAGACAAUCAGAAGCAGGAGGCCUGCAUCAGAGAGAGAAGUGGAAACUCAUGUUAUUUAUGCUGCCAGCAGAUAGACUCAGGAAGCAACUGGAACUCAUAUUAUGUAGUACUGUAAACAGACGAUUAUUAUGUAAUUUUCUUAUUUUGUAUUUCUCAUGCAGAUUACCAUCUGACCAACACUUGUAUAUUUAUUACAUGAAUAUAAAGUAAUGAAACGGUCAGCUUCAGUUUUUACUGAAUUUAUUUUGACUGUUUCAA